AUAAAAUUUAAGUAGGCAGUGCAAUGAAGCGUAUUAACCGAGUGUCUGAUUAAUCGCACCACACGGGACGCUGUACGUUGUACAAUUUACGAUUCUUAGGAACAAAGCGCGCAAGCGGGAUCUAUUUUAAAAAUACGUUUCCUGGUUCGGGCUUACAUGUGUAUAUAUAUAAAGACACGUGUAGAAGGUGAAAGACUCAGUUGCAGCGCCGUCAGUAUACAUGUUAAGACCACGGAUACCCGAUGACAGCCACACAGAGAGACACGCAGAAGGGCAGGAGUUAAACGGUGCGUGAAGUCACGUCUCAAUCGAUGUGACAAAGGCAACUUUAAGUUCGUGUGACUGUGCGUUGCGUGACAACAGCGAUCCUUUAAACCCUACGCCAUAAAUCUACUGUGGUCGACCGCGAGACAGUUAUAAUGUAUACAAAAAAAGGCUAUUUCCAUCUCAAUUCAACAGGAUGUCGCUCAAAAAAAUAAUAAUGGGUGAAUACUAAUAGGUGACAUUAUAACAACAGGACAGGCAAUGAGAGGAACGGCCCUGCGGAUGUAGUACGUUAAGUGGAGUAUAAAAAUGCACUGACGCUACAGUGGUCGACCUGGAAGGUGACUCUGCUGCUUAUGACAGUGAACUAAACCCAUUUGAUAUCGAGAUUGACUAGGAUCGGGUUAAUCAUAUUCCAGCCAGUAUCUUAGAAAGAGCGUAGGCGGUGGAUUUCCUUCACAUCAAAGCACCAAGUCAUACCGUCUACCGUGAUAAAGUCAAUAUCUUCUAAGCUAGACAUCUUUUAAGUUUAUCCAGUGUCCAAGCAUUAUCAUCAAACAUGGCAGAGUGCAUAGGCGAUCAGCAUUUUGCAUCGGACUGGGAUUUUCAUAAGUUUUCUUUCGAGAAUUACAGCAGCGACGACUUCGAGCUGGAAAGCUCAGAGAUGCAAAGGGCGUUCGAAAUCUACCAGAGCUGGAACAAUACAGAAUCCGAUGUUUUGGAAGAAGAGCACCAUAUGUAUUACUUCAUUCCGGUCAUUCUGUGUGUCGUUGGUGUCAUAGAGAAUAUUAUUUCACUUGGCGCCAUUGCUCACGUCAGACAACAAGGAGACACAAUGUAUCAUAUCUUAGGAAGUCUGUGUUUCUCCGACGCUCUGCUCUCUUCGGUAGGGGCAGCGUUUUUUGCUUUGCACCAAGGCAAGGGAAUGUUAACACUGUCGACGGUUUGUUUGACUAAUGUCAUCCGUCUAGUAAUGCUAACCAGUAUAUUUGUCGGUGCUUUGUCCACCGUAUGCCUGGUUAUAUAUACAACACUGAAAGUGCUAAGACCACUGAAAAACCUCUACCUUCUCUAUUCGCCGAGAAUUUGGGUACUCUUGGCUGCGAUAUGGUUGACAUCGCUCGUCCUCGGUUUUGGAACAUACAUUAAAGCUGCAGGCGACGCGAAACUUCUGUCUUACACCUGUGUAUGCAUCGCAUACGGAUUCGACAAGAAGAACAUUUAUAUAGAAAUCGGUAUCACGACGGGUAUUAUAGGGAUCACCCUGGUAAUCGUGGCUGUGUGCUAUGCCAGAGUUCUGUACAUAGCUCAAGCUGCCAGGAGAAAAAGUGCCUUGUUGUGUUCCAACGAGGGCUUUAAUUCGUACAACGGAACAAAUGGCCGCCACGGGGCAGUCGUGUUACAGAACUCAGAGUCGGAGCCGCCCAAAACCUCCCUGAGGAAGACUACUGGUAAUGGCGCCAAGAAAAAGAAAACAAAGGGACCUAUUGAGCGCAGGCUAAAAGUGGCUGUGACUGCAAUGCUGCUCUAUGGAGUAUUGUUAGUGUUCUGGCUGCCGUACGUGGUUGUGAAUUCAGUAACCUCUGCCGGGGAUCUCACCUCUGAAGACAGCGCUUGGUACUCUUACAUCGUGACCACCCUCUUCAUCGUGAACGCUAUCAUCAACCCGCUCAUUUACGGAUUACGGCUUCGGCGCAUGCGCGCAGGCUUCGGGACGAUGUUUCGAAGAAUUGGAACCGCGUGUGGCAUCUCCAUGCCAACUGAACGCACGAGCUUAAGAUCAACGCAGAUGGGCACGCAGCUAGCUAUAGCUCCACGCAGCUCUGUCACCACGUAUUGUCCCAACUCUGCUAAUAAUUCUCCUCAGAUUCGGCGGGACAUGAUUAAGUGACGGAAUCUUUGAAAUUUUCAUUGAGAGAUGUUGUCGUUGGUGUUUCCUUCUUUUUGACGCUUAAAUGUUGCUUAUAAUAAAAAUAUAGUUAAAGUUUUAUUUUAAUGUUCGUCUACAUCAUAGUUGACUCUGUCACAAAAAAGGGCCUCAUGUAACAUGCUCAAGUUUAGCAUCUGAAGGUACCUAAAAUUCGAAUUUCUCAUUACCGCGUACAUCCUUUGUUUAUAAAUAUUAAGUUUGAAAAGACAAUAAGUCUACAAUCCGAUGCAUAAAAUACGAGUAUGUUCCAUGACCAACAAGAUCAGUUGCGUCGAGAAGAUUACAGUCAGAGAAAGAAGACCCAUCUCUUAUUUUGGGCCACAUCUGUGUGGCAGUGAGAUAUCCAUGAGGAAAUUGAAGACCUCCCAGUCUUCAUGGGUAAUUGAGAGCCGUGGAGCAACAUUGUAACACGAAUUACGGAUGCAUCUAAAUGAUAAUGAUGAUAUGAUGAUGAUGAUUUUGUUUCUCUUUUUCUCUUUUUUUUAUUUUGUUAAGUUGUAACAUAAAGGUUGAUAUACAUAUAGCAAAUUUAAAGAGAGGGUUGAUUUAAAAGUUUAUUUCUGGACUGAAAUAACUGUAAUAAAUGGCCCGUGACGAUAACGGCUUUCUCCCCAGUUUUUUAGACAAGAACGUACCACCUUUAUCUUCAAGCCAUACGACUUUUCGAGAACAUGUGAUUUAGUUAAAAAAAACACAAAUAAGAAGUGUGAAGUGUCAUAAAUCACACAUGUCAAAAAUGAAAUGUAAAGAAAAUGCAUUGUGACAACAAUAACGACAAUGAUAACAAUAAUAAUACUGUAAUUGUAAGAGUUUAUCCAUAAUAAA